AUGUUUCAAUAUCCAUAUUCAUUUUUAGUGCAUAAAAUAUUAUUCGAGUAUGCCAAAAAUUUCAAUUUCUUUCCAUCAAUUCCACCAUCAACAGAUGAACAUGAACUUCGAAAUCAACGGAUUUCAACACGACUAUUUCUUGUUUUAUUAUCCACAUCAUUAAUUAUUCUUCUCAUAUAUAAUUCAUUAAUUACAGUGACCAUCACGAAAACAAUUCAAACACCUUCAUUAAAACAAUAUGAAGAAUUGUACGAAACAUAUUCGAAAACAUUGACAUGUCCAUGUCAAAAAAUGUCAAUUGACUAUAAGAAUAUUGUUCAGAUUAAUUUCACAUUGCAUCAAGUUUGUGACAGUGACUUUAUUAGUGAAAAAUGGAUUAAAUAUCUUGCUCAUUCAUUUGAUCAAAACAGUAUAAUUUUUAAUGAUUUCCGAUCGUUCAGUCUCUCUUUAUUUCAAACUUUAAACUUACUAUGCGAACAAACGAAUAAAAUAAUCGUAGAUAAUCUAAAACAAUCUGAUUUAAGUCAAUAUAUUAGUACAAUAGUUACAUCAUUAGAUCUAUUUCAAUCACAAAUUGAAACAUUUGCCAAACAAUUGAAAUCAACGAUAACAUAUAAUUUUCUUUUUAUGCUUGAUCUUAUACGAACUACGACAACUGCUGAUGGUUUACAUUCUGCAUUAAACACAAAUUAUCGUCUUUACAAGGUUUCUACUGACUUAGCUGUUCGGAGUCAAGCAUAUAAUUAUUCGAAUUGUUUAUGCAGCCUUUCGUCAACAUGUUUCAUUCAAUCAAGUAUUCCAUAUUCUCAUAAGGCACCCCCUGUUAUUGUUCCCGGUAUUUAUCAAGGAUGUUAUGUAAUUGAUGGACUGUUUCGAUCUACUCUCGAAUGUUUUUAUGAUCAAUCAUGUAUUGAUAAAGUUCAAUUUUAUGCGGUAUCAAUAAUAACAUUCCGUGCACAAGCAAUGUAUCCCAAAAGUAGAUUUUUAAUUAAUUCAACAAUGGGAGAAAUUAUUCAAGAAUUAAUGAUUGAAGAGUGGAAUUGGACACCUAAAUAUGAAAAUUAUUAUAAUGAAUGUCGACCAAUUGAAUGCAAAUAUAGUUAUGAAACAAAAAGUGGUCUUGUUUAUAUCGUAACAGCAACAAUUGGUUUAAUCGGUGGUUUAUUUACUGCUUUGAAAAUUGCUGUGCCAUUCUGUGUGAACGUUAUCAUACGAAAACGUCGAUCAGAAACAGAAAGAACAGGGUUUAGAAUAUGUGAACAAGUUUCCAUUCUAUUUCGAAAAAUCAAGAUUUUUCUUACAACAUUCAAUUUCUUUCCAUCAAUUCCACCAUCAACAGAUGAACAUGAACUUCGAAAUCAACGGAUUUCAACACGACUAUUUCUUGUUUUAUUAUCCACAUCAUUAAUUAUUCUUCUCAUAUAUAAUUCAUUAAUUACAGUGACCAUCACGAAAACAAUUCAAACACCUUCAUUAAAACAAUAUGAAGAAUUGUACGAAACAUAUUCGAAAACAUUGACAUGUCCAUGUCAAAAAAUGUCAAUUGACUAUAAGAAUAUUGUUCAGAUUAAUUUCACAUUGCAUCAAGUUUGUGACAGUGACUUUAUUAGUGAAAAAUGGAUUAAAUAUCUUGCUCAUUCAUUUGAUCAAAACAGUAUAAUUUUUAAUGAUUUCCGAUCGUUCAGUCUCUCUUUAUUUCAAACUUUAAACUUACUAUGCGAACAAACGAAUAAAAUAAUCGUAGAUAAUCUAAAACAAUCUGAUUUAAGUCAAUAUAUUAGUACAAUAGUUACAUCAUUAGAUCUAUUUCAAUCACAAAUUGAAACAUUUGCCAAACAAUUGAAAUCAACGAUAACAUAUAAUUUUCUUUUUAUGCUUGAUCUUAUACGAACUACGACAACUGCUGAUGGUUUACAUUCUGCAUUAAACACAAAUUAUCGUCUUUACAAGGUUUCUACUGACUUAGCUGUUCGGAGUCAAGCAUAUAAUUAUUCGAAUUGUUUAUGCAGCCUUUCGUCAACAUGUUUCAUUCAAUCAAGUAUUCCAUAUUCUCAUAAGGCACCCCCUGUUAUUGUUCCCGGUAUUUAUCAAGGAUGUUAUGUAAUUGAUGGACUGUUUCGAUCUACUCUCGAAUGUUUUUAUGAUCAAUCAUGUAUUGAUAAAGUUCAAUUUUAUGCGGUAUCAAUAAUAACAUUCCGUGCACAAGCAAUGUAUCCCAAAAGUAGAUUUUUAAUUAAUUCAACAAUGGGAGAAAUUAUUCAAGAAUUAAUGAUUGAAGAGUGGAAUUGGACACCUAAAUAUGAAAAUUAUUAUAAUGAAUGUCGACCAAUUGAAUGCAAAUAUAGUUAUGAAACAAAAAGUGGUCUUGUUUAUAUCGUAACAGCAACAAUUGGUUUAAUCGGUGGUUUAUUUACUGCUUUGAAAAUUGCUGUGCCAUUCUGUGUGAACGUUAUCAUACGAAAACGUCGAUCAGAAACAGAAAGAACAGGGUUUAGAAUAUGUGAACAAGUUUCCAUUCUAUUUCGAAAAGUCAAGAUUUUUCUUACAACAUUUAAUUUCUUUCCAUCAAUUCCACCAUCAACAGACGAACAUGAACUUCGAAAUCAACGGAUUUCAACUCGACUAUUUCUUGUUUUAUUAUCCACAUCGUUAAUUAUUCUUCUCAUAUAUAAUUCAUUAAUUACAGUGACCAUCACGAAAACAAUUCAAACACCUUCAUUGAAAAAAUAUGAAGAAUUGUAUGAAACAUAUUCGAAAACAUUGACAUGUCCAUGUCAAAAAAUGUCAAUUGACUAUAAGGAUAUUGUUCAGAUUAAUUUCACAUUGCAUCAAAUGUGUAAGAAUGAUACGAUUGCUGAGGCGUGGUAUCUUUAUCUGUCUUAUGGUCAUUAUGCAGGAGGCAUAAGCAGUAUUGAUUUCCGAGAGGUAGGUAAGCAUAUAUUUCAUGCAUUGCGAUUUUGUUGCGAAUUGGCAAAUAAUAUGAUUGAAACUAGUUUAAGUGAUUUCGAGUUUAAUCAAUAUAUUAGUCCAGUAGUUACAUCCUCAGAUUUAUUUAAAUCACAAAUUGAAACAUCUGGUAAACAAUUUAAAUCAACGACCACGUAUAAUUUUCUUGUGUUAUUGAGUCUUAUACGAAUAACAAAUACGGCUAACGGCUUAUACUCUGUAACAACCCAGAACUAUCAGAUUUAUCUUUCAUCUGAUGGGAAAACAUAUCUUUCUCGUCCAUCUCGAUUCGGAGACUGUGAGUGUAAUAGAUCCUCAGUAUGUUUUUCUCCGUCGACAAUUUACACUUAUCCUCAAAUGAAACCAAUAUUUUCCGUGCCUGGUGUUUAUCACGGAUGUUAUAUAGUUGAUGCACUUUUUCGAUCUACCCUCGAAUGUUUUUAUGAUAAAGAAUGUGUUGAUAAAGUUCAAUCUUAUGUUGAAUCAUCAGUUUCAUUUCGUCCACGAGUAUUAGAUGCAUCAUUAAAAAGUCGAUUUUUAAUUAAUUCAACAAUGGGAGAAAUUAUUCAAGAAUCAAUGAUUGAAGAGUGGAAUUGGACACCUAGAUAUGAAAAUUAUUAUAAUGAAUGUCAACCAAUUGAAUGCACAUAUAGUUAUGAAACAAAAAUUGGUGUUGUUUAUAUCGUAACAGCAACAAUUGGUUUAAUCGGUGGUUUAUUUACUGCUUUGAAAAUUGCUGUACCCAAUUUGGUCAAAUUCAUCGAUUAUUUGAUUAGACGAUGUGCAAUACGAAAAAUGAAUCCGCAAA